CUUUCGCUGGCCUCCAAGAAGUCCCUCAGUUAUAAAAGUCCUCAGUUGAAGCGAAGACAAGAAGGCGGCGAUGGCGUGCGGCGCUGUAAGCUUCCGUUUCCUCUCGCCUCGGAUGCCUCUGGCUUUCGUUCCCUCCGGUUUGUCUUCCUCUCCUCCUUCCUCUUCCUUCUCCAUGUCGGCCGAUUCUGCUGCUCCCCUCAAAAUUAGGGCAGCAAGGGCGCCGCCGCCGAUGCCUCCCCUGAAUCCCCGCGAUCCCUUCCUCUCCAAGCUAGCCGAAGCGGCUGCUGCCGCACCCGACCCUUUGGCUUUGGCGUCGUCCGGCAAUCGCGACAUGCCGCCCUACCUCGAUCUCUUUGCCUCCCCGACGCUCAUGGCUAGUCCAGCACAGGUAGAACGGUCUGUUUCUUAUAAUGAACAUCGACCAAGAAGACCUCCCCCAGAUUUGCCGUCAUUACUUCUUCAUGGACGAAUUGUCUACAUUGGCAUGCCGUUGGUGCCAGUUGUUACAGAGCUCGUGAUUGCACAAUUACUUUACUUGCAAUGGAUGGAUGCAAAAGAACCUAUUUUUAUCUACAUUAAUUCGACUGGAACAACACGUGAUGAUGGUGAAACUGUAGCAUUGGAAACAGAAGGUUUUGCUAUUUAUGAUGCUAUGAAACAUAUAAAGAAUGAGAUUGAGACAGUAGCUGUUGGAGCUGCAAUAGGUCAUGCCUGUCUAAUUCUUGCUGCAGGGAAAAAAGGUAGACGAUUUGCAAUGCCCCAUGCUCAAACUAUGAUCCAACAACCUCGUCUUCCAUCUACCGGCCUAAUGCAAGCAAGUGAUGUGAUUAUUCGUGCAGAGGAGGCAUUAAAGAAUAGAGACACAUUUGUUAAACUUUUAGCAAGACACACUGGGAAUUCUGUGGAUACAAUCAAGAGUGCUAUUCAUCAAGGACCUUAUUAUAUGGACACAAUACAAGCAAAAGAAUUUGGAGUCAUCGACAAGAUACUUUGGCGUGGGCAAGAGAAGAUAAUGGCAGAUGCUCUCUCUCCCGACGAGUGGGAUCAACGAGCAGGGGUUAAACCUGUUGAUGCAUUUUGAUUUCCCUUUAAAUGUUUAAUGCUUUGUAAUUUAAAAUCCUCUCUUCUCUUCUUUGUUACCUACAAAAAUUGUUACCUACAAAAAAAAAAUUACUUUUUAUUUUUGUAAUUUCAAUUUUAAAGAUUACUUAUGACAAUAGGCUGGUUAGUCA